CCCAACUCUUCUGGCUUCUGCACCAAAGCUCCUCACCCUCCACCCCAGGCUUCCGGACUGGAGAGGCAGUGGGGAUAAAACGGGGCUGGAGACUCUGGGAACCAUUGGUCUGCAGAGCGCCGGCCCGGAUUGCCCUGGUACUCUCUGCUCUCCUCUUGGCACCUCCGCGACAUGAGCCUGAGAGUGGGCGCCCGCGCCUCCCGCCCCCGGCCCAGCUCCGGGCUGCUGCUCCUGGGGCUGCUGCUCCUGCCGGCUGUGGUCGCCCAAGUCAGCGCAGACCCUGAAGAAGGAGAUGGGGACCUGCAAUGCAUGUGUGUGAAGACCAGCUCCCGAGUCCAUCCCAAGCACAUCACCAGCUUGGAGGUGAUCCGGGCUGGACUCCACUGCCCCACCUCCCAAAUGAUAGCCACAUUGAAGAAUGGAAAGAAAAUUUGCCUGGACCCUCAUGCUCCCAUUUAUAAGAAAAUAAUCAAGAAACUUAUGAAAAGUAAACCACCAACUGACUAAAUCUGCACAUUUACUGUAUGAUGUUUUGCUUUGCUUUUUCAUUUUCAAUAUAACUAUGGAAAAUCUAUGUUUUAUCAUCCUUCAAAUUCUAAACAAAUAAAAUCAAUCAAGUUGUGAUAUUUCUUAAUAGA